AUGCCGUCAUCAGCGCUCACGGCCUGCGGGACGCGUUUCCGCGCAGACGGCGCGCAGCGGGCAGCCGCGGCGCAGACGGGCGCGCACGCGGACGCGUCUCGCACCGACGCGUCUGGGCUCGCGCCCCGCGUAGCAAAAUUUUCGCAAUCGCAGCCCCUUAACCAUUUUCGUAAUCGGGGGCGUGGACUCGGAGUAUAUAAGGGGAAACCUUGGAACGGUCCCCCUGUUAGCCCUUUAAAGAAGAGAGCUCUCUUCCAAUCCACACUCUCCGUCGCAGCCACAAGCCAGCAACAGGCCCUACAGCUCCAACCGCCCAAUCCCAUGCACAGAACAUACUCGCUCAGAAACUCGCGCGCGCCCACGGCCGCGCAGCUGCAGAACCCACCUCCACCUCCUUCGUCGACCAAGAACCGGUUCUUCGGCAAGGGCGGGCUCGCCAACUCAUUCCGCAAAAACACGGCCGGCGCGUUCGGCCCAGAGCUGGCGCGCAAGCUCUCGCAGCUGGUCAAGAUCGAGAAGAACGUGCUGCGGUCCAUCGAGGUGGCGGCCAACGAGCGCCGUGACGCGGCCAAGCAGCUCUCCAUCUGGGGUCUCGAGAACGACGACGACGUGUCGGAUAUCACCGACAAGCUCGGUGUGCUCAUCUACGAGAUGAGCGAGCUGGACGACCAGUUCAUCGACCGCUACGACCAGUACCGUCUGACCAUCAAGUCCAUCCGCGACAUCGAGGGCUCCGUGGAGCCUUCGCGUGACCGCAAGGCCAAGAUCACCGACAAGAUCGCCUACCUGAAGUACAAGGACCCCCAGUCCACCAAGAUCGAGGUCCUCGAGCAGGAGCUCGUGCGUGCCGAGGCCGAGUCCUUGGUCGCCGAGGCCCAGCUCUCCAACAUCACCCGCUCCAAGCUGCGCGCCGCCUUCAACUACCAGUUCGACUCCGUCAUCGAGCACUCCGAGAAGCUCGCGCUCAUUGCCGGCUACGGUAAGGCUCUGUUGGAGCUGCUGGACGACUCCCCAGUCACCCCCGGCGAGACCCGCCCAGCCUACGACGGCUACGACGCCUCCAAGCAAAUCAUCAUCGACGCUGAGACCGCUUUGAACGACUGGACCUUGGACUCCGCCCAGGUCAAGCCUUCCCUGUCUUUGAGACAUGCUGACUACGACUACGAGGGCGAGGAGGACGAGGACGAAGAGGAGGUUGCCGACCACGAGCACCACUGGGUCGACGAGGACGAGCCUCAGCACGAGCACACCACCACCGAGGCCACCGAAACCACCACUACCAACACCACUGCUGCUCCAACCACCGCCUAA